AUGGAUUUAGAGGACCUGCUGUUCUCCGAAAAUGAAGAUGAUUGGCAGCACAUCCACUACAACUGCGCCCAUGGAGAGAGUUCAAGCUGUCGUACCUUUGGAGUGGAGCAUUGGAAUCUCACAUCCUUUUGGUACAACGUCAUCACCAGCCCUCAGGGAGAACCUGAUCCAGAGGAUUUCGCUGUGGUGCCUGAGAGGUGUGGAGGUCGUAUUGCUUGCCGACGCAUCAAAGGGCGCCUGCGAAUCGUCACCAUGCACCUGGCGGAGGACGAGCAUCAUCUGACGUGGAAACUUCAAAAGCUGCCGCAUCUGUUUGCCGUGGCGCUGGACGGUGCAACAAAGAAAGCCAUCAGAGGUCUGAGCAGCUUGAAACUGCAGUUACUUUGCCUGGAAUAUCCAGAGGCAAGUGCUUUGAAGGCUUUGAGACAGCCGCUGCUUGGAAGCCUGCGAAGCCUUCAGAUCCAUGGGCGGCAGGAUCAGCUUCGGUGGACCGCCAUAGAUCUGAGGGCGGUUUGUGGAGCUGACUUGAUGUACUUCCAUGCCUUCGCCAUCAACGUGGUGGGUGGAACAUUGCCCGACUGCUGGAGGACGAUGAGGAAUCUGCGAACCUUCUAUUGUUCCACUUGCAUGAUGCAUUUGCCCCCGACGGCUCUGCGCGGCUUGACUUCACUGACUUCCUUCGUGGCCUUUCGACAAUGGGAGAUGAUACCUUGUGCGCUGCAGCAUGUGAACAGCAGCAACUGCAAAGUCUCCUGGGAAACGCUUCACGGCACCAAGAGUAAUGAUGUUGAGGAGGCGAUGAGAGACAGCACCGGUGAAUGGAGCGAUUUCCAAGAAGGACCGAGCUUUAUUUGCCCAGCUGCAUCCUACAGUUUUGCCUUCGAGGAGUUCGUGAAGCUUGGCUGGAGCAACAUUCGAAAGGUCUGGCUGGAUGGGAAUUUCCUGACUGGAACCAUUCCUGCAAACAUCAAGGAAGCCUGGCCAAAGUUGGAAUCUUUGGACCUCUACGAUAACAGCAUGGAAGGACCAAUCCCAGAAGCACUGGGUCAGCUGCCUUUUGUGAAGCUUCAGCUUCAAGGCAAUCGCUUCAGUGGAAAAGUUCCAAAAGCUGUCAUGGACCUCACCAAGCGGCCAGAUAUCAUUCUUGGACUUCAGGAGAACCCAGAGUUGGAAGGUUGUGCACCUGACGUGGGGCAUUGGAAGAAUGGGAUUCCAGGGAACAAGCUGUUGGACAGCCACCCGGAUUCGAAGAUGCGAUGGUGA